CGGCGCUGCCGUUCGCCGCUCGAGCUGCAGGUGGAGCUGUGCCGCCGCGCUGCCUCCAGGAAGCCUCACGGGCCUUCGUCGGCCUGGCCGCGGCGCCGGCUCCCAGGAUGCAGUGUGGAGUGGCCGGGCGCUGACGGUGGCUGUGCGACUGCGGGCGGAGCGGCGGGAGGCCGGCCUGCGAGGAGCGCGGCGGGGAAGGCAGCGGCGCUGCCGGCGGAGAGGACCCGGCGGCCGGGCCUGCGUGGGGCCGCGCGCCGCGGCGUCGACUUCCUCCGCGCCGGGCAGGACAGCGCAGGGCCAUGGCCGAGGCGGCCGCGGCUCCGAUUUCUCCAUGGACAAUGGCAGCUACAAUUCAGGCCAUGGAGAGAAAGAUCGAAUCACAGGCUGCUCGACUGCUCUCUCUAGAAGGUCGAACUGGGAUGGCAGAGAAAAAGCUGGCUGACUGUGAAAAGACAGCUGUGGAGUUCAGCAACCAGCUGGAGGGCAAGUGGGCCGUGCUGGGGACUCUCCUGCAGGAGUACGGGCUGCUGCAGCGGAGGCUGGAGAAUGUGGAGAAUCUGCUGCGUAACAGGAACUUCUGGAUUCUGCGGCUGCCCCCAGGCAGCAAGGGCGAGGUCCCCAAGGAGUGGGGCAAACUGGAGGACUGGCAGAAGGAACUCUACAAGCACGUAAUGAGGGGCAACUAUGAGACACUGGUCUCCCUGGACUAUGCCAUCUCCAAACCUGAGGUCCUCUCCCAGACUGAACAAGGCAAGGAGCCAUGCCCUUGGCGUCGCACCGGCCCCAAAGUCCCAGAGGUUCCUGUGGACCCAAGUCCAGGCUCCGGAGCCCCAGUUCCUGCCCCUGACCUCCUGAUGCAGAUCAAGCAGGAGGGGGAGCUCCAGCUGCAAGAGCAGCAAGCUCUAGGUGUGGAAGCCUGGGCAGCUGGACAGCCAGAUAUUGGGGAAGAGCCCUGGGGCCUCAGCCAGUUGGAUUCUGGGGCAGGAGACAUCUCCACAGAUGCUACUUCUGGUGUCCAUUCCAACUUUUCAACCACCAUCCCACCCACUUCCUGGCAAGCAGACCUCCCUCCCCACCACCCCUCUUCAGCAUGCUCAGAUGGGACACUGAAGCUCAACACAGCAGCAGCCACAGAAGCAGACGUAAAAAUUGUUAUCAAAACAGAAGUCCAGGAAGAGGAAGUGGUGGCCACACCUGUGCAUCCCACCGACCUGGAGGCUCAUGGGACUUUGUUUGCACCGAGCCAAGCUGCAAGAUUCUUUCCCAGCCCUGUCCAGGAAGGAGCCUGGGAAAACCAAGGCAGUUCCUUUCCCAGCCAGGACCCUGUGCUGGGCCUACGGGAGACCACACGGCCAGAGAGGGACAUUGGUGAGCUCAGUCCUGCCAUAGCACAGGAGGAGGCCCCAGCGGGGGAUUGGCUCUUCGGUGGCGUCAGGUGGGGCUGGAAUUUCCGGUGUAAACCUCCAGUGGGCCUAAACCCGAGGACGGUGCCCGAGGGGCUCCCUUUCUCCUCUCCUGAUAGUGGAGAUACCAUCUUGGACCCCAGCCAGGCCCCAAGACCCUUCAACGACCCCUGCAAAUACCCUGGCCGGACAAAAGGCUUUGGUCACAAGCCGGGACAGAAGAAGCACCCGGCAGCGCCGCCUGGAGGCCGGCCCUUCACCUGUGCCACGUGCGGAAAGAGCUUCCAGCUGCAGGUGAGCCUGAGUGCACACCAGCGCAGCUGUGGACUGGCGGACGGGGCAGGCAUGGGGGCAGCUGCCACUACUACUGGAGGCGGAAGUGGUGGUGGUGGGGGCAGCGGUGGAGGUGGGGGCAGCGCACGGGACAGCAGCGCCCUGCGGUGCGGUGAGUGUGGCCGCUGCUUCACACGUCCAGCACAUCUCAUCCGCCACCGCAUGCUGCACACUGGGGAGCGGCCCUUCCCCUGCACUGAGUGUGAGAAGCGCUUCACAGAGCGCUCCAAGCUCAUCGACCACUAUCGAACGCACACGGGCGUGCGGCCCUUCACCUGCACAGUGUGUGGCAAGAGCUUCAUCCGCAAGGACCACCUCCGCAAGCACCAGCGCAACCACCCGGCAGUGGCCAAGGCACCCACUCACGGGCAGCCGCUCCCCCCACUGCCAGCUCCUCCCGACCCCUUCAAGAGCCCGGCAGCCAAAGGACCCAUGGCCUCCACAGACCUCGUGACUGACUGGACUUGUGGCCUAAGUGUCCUGGGACCCACUGAUGGUAAUGGGGACCUGUGAGAGAACCCACAACCCUCCUGUGGCUCCUGCAGGCCACAAGUGUACAAAGCCCCGUGUGCAGACAUCAGGGUGGCCUGAAAGCUCAGAAGCAAAAAGGGAGACUUGGCAGAGAAUCAAAUUCCCAUGUUGCUGAACUGAUCACUGGAAGGAACUAUCAAUGCAGCCUCCACCUUAAAGAGUGUGGGAUUCCGACUGUGAGACUGAACACCUUAGUAGGAUCUUAAGUAAUUUAAUUACAAACCCAUUCGUUAUUGUUUUUUUCUCUUUAAUUCUUGAGGAAAAGAUGGAAAACAGUAGCAGCACCUGUUUAAGUUCUGAGGUGUACUUGUGGCUUUCAGGGUUGUGUCCACCUUGUCUUAGCAGGGUUGGAAAGGUAGUCAGUGGGAAGAGUAGACAAGGGCAUGCCAGACCUUGGGCCACACAGUUCCAUGGCAGGUAAGUUCUGUUCUAUCCAGGCUGCUGGCCCUGAGUUAUGAGGGCACUGAGGCCUGUACUGACAGCUUCUGCUCCACAAUAAGGACUCCUUCGCUAGAAGAGCGCUUACUUUCUGAAGACCCCUAACGCCCAGGCCUGACUUUUCCCUGUUGUGAGCCAUCUGUGGUGCUGUCUAAGGUGGUACUUACACUGUAGUAGUGGUAGAUCUGGAGGAACAUGAAGUCACAGAGAGCCAGGGCCAUCCAUCUUGGGGUAUAUUCCUCACCCACGGAUGCUUCUGUUGACUGCCCAUUGUGUAGUAUGCUCGUUUUCAAAAUGGCUCCACCUCACAUCUCAUUCCAUUACUAUGACUUUGGGAAGAGAGAAGAAAUAAAGGGCUCAAAAGUGACAUGGCCUCUCACCACGAGUGCUGUGUGUUCCAAGAACUGGGAACAGUGUCGGUUGAGCCCCAGCUCUCGUGGAACAUCAGUUUAGGGGAGGAAAGGGUUUGAGGUUUUGCCCUCUUAAAAGAUUUGUUCCACACAAAUGGAUCGGAUCAUCGACACAGAACUGCCUUGGCAGCUCAAGCUGGCCAGCCCCCCCCCCCACCACCACCACCACCCCUGUGGGCUUCCGAAUCACUAGGCACUCUGAGGUGUUGGAAAGCCAGGUAGCUGGGUAAGUGACUUUCUCAGGCUUUCCUGGGUUAUCUGCGCAGUGGAAUUAGAGCUAGGUCCAAGUUUCUGUCAUAACAGUGCUGCCUUCACCACACAUAGCCAUUCCCGUUUUGUUAAAGCAGACACUUGUCCUCUUGCCUGAAAAGGGCAGAGGCUAUGGCGCCCAUUCAGUUCCCUUCUGCGUACUUUUAUUAGAAAUAGACUAGUUCAGAAGAUUGUUUCUAUGUACUGUAUAUUUUGUACCUGUUUACACUUCUAAUAUUGAUAUAACUGAUAUUUUGAAAAAACAAAUGAACAGAAAACAUCCUGUUAAAAUAAAAUCUAACCAGCACCAA